CUUUAUUCGGCCCCGAGUAUCCGUUGACGUUGACCGUCAAGUCGAACUCGGAGGACCGAGUUCACUUCACGACUCGCCUCAACCACCUACGAUCCUACUUGUUCACGACAUAAUUCUUGCACAACAUGUUCUUUAGAUCAUGGAAAGGUGCCCUGUGUGGCGCUCUGCUUGGGGCUAAUUCGGUGGCUGCGAUCGAUCUAGAUCUAGGACAACCAGAUUCAAUCAAGAAAGCCGCGCAAACAGUCGCAAAAGGCAUGAGAAAGUAUUACACCGGCGACAAACCCGGCGACAUUCCCGGUAACCUCCCCGAUCCCUACUACUGGUGGGAAGCCGGAGCCAUGUUCGGCAGCUUCAUCGACUACUGGUACUACACCAAAGACACGCAGUUCAACGAUAUCACGACCCAAGCGCUGCUCCAUCAAGUCGGCGCCAACAAAGCCUUCAUGCCGGACAACCAGACACGGACAUUAGGGAACGACGAUCAGGCCUUCUGGGGCAUGGCCGCCUUGACGGCCGCCGAGAAUGGAUUCCCGGACCCGCCGCCCGAUCAGCCGCAAUGGCUUGCGCUGGCGCAGGCGGUGUUCAACACUCAGGCCCCGCGAUGGGACAAUGCGACGUGUAAUGGAGGCUUGAAGUGGCAGAUCUACCCAUUCAACAAUGGGUAUAACUAUAAGAACACCAUCUCGAACGGGUGCUUCUUCAAUAUGGCGGCACGCCUGGGUCGGUAUACCGGCAAUCAAUCUUAUGUGAACUGGGCGGAUGAAAUGUGGGAUUGGACCGCCGGCUCCGGAUUGAUGAGCGACGACUACCAUUUCUACGAUGGUACCGACGACAGGCAGAAUUGCUCGGAAGUCAACCACAUUCAAUGGACCUACAAUGCCGGUGUCUACCUCUAUGGCGCCGCGACUAUGUGGAACAUUACCAACGCCGACAAAUGGCGCAAACGAACCGAAGGCAUCAUCGCCGGCCUCAGCGUCUUCUUCGAAGGCGAAAUCAUGUUUGAAGUCGCCUGCGAAGUCACCGGCACCUGCAACGUCGACCAACGCUCCUUCAAAGCCUACCUCUCCCGUUGGAUGGCCGCCACCGUCAAAGUCGCCUCCUGGACCAACGAACUCCUCAUGCCUCGCAUCCGCUCGUCCGCUAAAGCCGCCGCCCUCCAAUGCUCCGGAGCGCCCGACGGCGUCACCUGCGGGCUCCGGUGGACCGCCGGCGCCGCCUACGAUGGCGAGGCCGGCGUCGGUGAGCAGAUGAGCGCGCUCGAGGUCAUCCAGGCCAACCUGAUCGACAAGGUGGACGGGCCCGUCACGGCGAACAAUGGUGGCACGAGCAAGGGCGACGCGGGCGCGGGGGCUGAGGAGGUGGUGAAUCCGCGGACGUAUAAUGUCAUCACGACCGGCGAUAAGGUGGGCGCCGGGUUUCUGACGACCAUCUUGCUGGCUGGCCUUCUGGGUGGCGCAUGGUGGAUGAUUGCUUAGGUCGUUUCGGGAUCGGUGUUUGGUGGUGCGGAUUGUCGGUCAGCGACUUGCCGCGCGAUCAUCGCGGAAUGGCGUCGGCAUGAUCGCACUCGUCCGCGUGUCGAAACUACCGUUUGCGUGGCAUCGGAUGCUCCCGACAGCUGCUCGCAUAUCUGGCCCGUCGGGGUUGGAUACGAGGCGACUCUUGGACCCAUCAUUGCAUGCUGGCAACAGUAGCCAGCGGAAGGCAUGGACAGGGACUGAACCAGGUCGUCCCCAUUUUCUUUUCGGCGUUCGAGGUCGGUGUUCAUAGGAGUUGAAACCUGUACAGUCAGCGGUCCGUUUCA